AUGCAUUCAAGUAACUGGAAGGUUAACUUUCCCCCAUCGAAUGUGGCUGUCGACGUCUCCGUCAUUGAUACUACGACGUAUCUACGCGAAGUCAACGGCAGCCUUGUGGUCAAGCCUGUCUACGCCGGUUUCGAGAAAGGCUUCAUCCCAAGUUACAGCUUCCUCAUCCAUCACAAGCCCAGCGGGCAGCGCCUGCUGUAUGAUCUUGGGCUUCGCACGAACUGGGAAACUCAUCUCAGCCCUCACCUCCGAGAGGAGAUCAAACCCCUGGGCUUCAAGGUCGAAGUCAAACGCGACGUUGCCGAGAUAAUUGGCGACGGCGGGUUGAAACCGGAUCAAAUCAACGCCAUUAUUCUCAGCCACCACCAUUGGGACCACGUCGGAGAUCCCACGCUCUUUCCUUCAACAACGAAGCUCGUGGUAGGUCCUGGCUACAAGCAGAAAUACCUGCCCGGCUGGCCCGCACAGCCUGACGCGAGCGGGACCACUACAGAUACUUACAAAGGCAGGGUCACCGAGGAGCUCGACUUCCAGUUCGCUCCGAAAGCUUGCCAAAUCGGGCCGUAUCCCGCCUACGACUGGUUCUCAGACGGAAGCUUUUACCUGCUCAAUGCCCCCGGCCACACCACGGGCCAUAUCUGCGGCCUCGCCCGAACCUCCGUUGGUCCGGAGGGCGACACGUUCAUGUUCUUGGGAGGAGAUGUCACUCAUCACUGCGCGCUCUUCCGACCGACAGAGUACUACCCGCUCCCGGAGGAGAUCUGUCCUGACCCGGUGGAAGACCAUACCAGCACCGCCUCGGUGAGCUCUGAGAAGUACGUGAAAGUCCACCGCGCAUACCAGGGAGGGGCGGGAAGUCAGGAAGCCAGGGUCUCACCUUUCUGCCUGGUGCCUGUGGGGUACGUCGACGAAGACGCGGACCUGGCACAGGAGACACUCAACAAAAUGUUUGUGUUUGAUGGGGACGAGAACGUCUUCACUGUUUUUGCUCACGAUCCCACCUUGCUGGACGUCCUUGAUUUCUUCCCCCAAAAGGCGAACGAGUGGAAGACCAAAGGGUGGGCGAAGAAGAGUCACUGGAAGUUCCUGGGCCCCUUGAAGACAGCCGGUUGA